UCAACACACUAUUCUUCAGAGGACUCCAGUAUAUACUAUUAUUUUAGGAUGAAGAAUGAAAUGGUUGGCUCUGCUGCUCUGCUCCUUUGCUUAGCUUAUGCUACUCUCAUAAUUGAUGUGGCAGACUGCAUACCACAUGACAUGAUUUACUUUCAUGGUCAGGACUACUCACGAUUUGCAAGGAACAUAGGCAUACUUCCUCUGCCACCACCUGUUCUACCUCCACCUCCUACUAACAAUACAUGCACAGCAACCUGUGGGUCUGAUGGGCUAAAGGUCCUUAAUACAGCUACCUGUCAGUGCAUAUGUGUACGAGGGAUCCCAGCAAUAUGUCCUUCCCCAUCUCCUAGAGCAUCAACCAGGAAAACUAGAAAAUCAAAAUCAAAAUCAAAAUCAAAAAGGAGAAGAGAGCGUUCACACAAAACAAAAUCAAGAACAAAAUAUUACGGCUGUCCAGAGUACACUAAAAAUGGCAAACUAAAAAAACCAAAGACUCCAAAGGGUCGUAGCAAGAGUAACAUCAUUAUACCAAGUCCAACUACCAGUCUCUGUCCUAUUGGCCAAGCCAUCGAUCCUAGGACCUGUCAAUGUGACUUUGAAUUGUAACUAUAAAUAAAAACUAUUAUCAUCAUAACAGUCAUGACACAAUGAUGAUUAUCAUUACAUUAUAAUGUUAAAAGUAUUAUUGCUUGUAAAAUUUUGAUUUUAAAAGAACUUCAUAUUAUACAUUAAUCAGAAA